CGUAAAUUUAUCGAAAAAGCUAAGUAACCGCUAAUUACAUCGUGUUCGUGACCGAGAACGUUGUUUAUUCGAGGUUUCGAGGUAUGUACCUUCAAAGGACGCGCAGGACGUUAGCUGGUAUUAAUAUUUCAUUUCAAAAGUCUGUAAACGACGAACUUUACUAACCUUGUAUGGUGCUGCUUGAACGAUGAAAGUUGGAGUAAUCGUUAAAAUCAAGGAAUUACCAGACAUUCGCGAAUUCGGGAUCGGAAUUUUCAUAUCGUGUGCGUUGCUGUGCAACUGAGUGAUUAACGUGCGCGAUUAUAUGUACGCGAAAUGUGCAUAUAAGACAGAGUUAGACACAGACAGAAUGAAGCUUCGUUAUAGAUUAUGCACCAAUAUUGGCACCUUCGAAUGUAUUCGUAAAACCAAGAAAAAGAUGUAAUAUACGUGUACGCUGGUGGAACAUGUAUAGAAUUUGAUACAGCUGGGAUUCGUUCAUCCAUUACUCGGUAAAAAUUGCAGAGGAAAUCCUCUAGCAGCUGAAGCGUCACAUUAUAUUAUGCGCUGGACGUUCAUACCAUGCGCUGUUAUUGUGCGAGUUCUGCUUCUUGCAGUUCUAUUCCUUAUUUCGGUGACAGGAAAUCCGCUAAAAUGGCGCAAUGUAGAAUUAAACACGACGACCCGUGCAGAUGACCCGGUUUGGCAAGAAUUAGUCAUUUGGAGUAACGAAACCUUAAACGAUCAACCUCUACUUAGUAAUGGAAUCCGAAACCAUACCGUCUCUCCUGUGCUCAGCGCUGAACAAUUGGAAAAUCAAACCAUCGAACAGUUUAAAUUGCUUAAGGUGAAUUAUUCGCAACUAGUUCGCGAAAUCGACGAAGAACUCAAAGAUGACCUGGGAAGCGGACGACACCUACCACGAAUUGUGGACAAAACUCUACGUUUAUUGAAUCUCAAGCAAGUCAUAUCAGAAGUAGAAACCAGUGUUAUGUCCAAAGUAUCAUGUACUGCUUGCAGAGCUGGAGUUGGAUUACUAUUGCAUUACAUAAGAACGGGCAAAACUACAGAUGAUAUAAUCAAGUUGUCGUUUCAAUUUUGUGUCAGUUUAAAUAUUCAAACUCAUCGAGUUUGCGAUGGAAUAACACAGCUUUUUGGCGGGGAAGUUGUUUACGUUUUGAAAAGAAUCACCAUCGGUCCGGAAGAAAUUUGUAGUUUUAUAAUCGGCGACGCCUGCGGUGACAUUUAUAAUCCGACACACGAAUGGAAUGUGGUUUUCCCUCCUGUACCUAAACCAACGGUUGUUACGCCGCAACCUCCUAAAGAGAUAGGAUCUGGAUCUUUCAAAGUAUUACAAUUAUCUGAUACUCAUUUCGAUCCUUAUUACGAAGAAGGAACGAAUGCAGAGUGUAACGAACCUUUGUGUUGUCGACUUACCAACGGACCGGCGAAAAAUGUCGCCGAUAGAGCUGGUCGUUGGGGAGAUUACCGAAGAUGCGAUACACCCAAGAGAACCAUCGAUCAUAUGUUCCAGCAUAUAUCAUCUACUCAUCCGGAUAUUGAUUACAUCUUAUGGACCGGUGAUUUACCUCCACACGAUAUUUGGAAUCAAACCCAAGAAGAAAAUUUAAGCAUACUGAAGCAAACCGUAUCCCAAAUGAGUACUCUAUUCCCUGGUGUUCCUAUUUUCCCAGCUUUAGGUAAUCACGAAUCGGCUCCUGUAAAUAGUUUUCCACCGCCGUUUAUUCAAAAUGAUUACGCCAUUAAUUGGUUAUACGAUGAGCUAGAUAAGCAUUGGAGACAAUGGUUACCUUCGUCUGUAUCCAGAACGAUUCGCAGAGGUGCAUUUUAUAGCGUUUUAGUCCGACCUGGUUUUAGAAUUAUUUCGCUCAAUAUGAACUAUUGUAAUAAUAAGAAUUGGUGGCUUUUAAUGAAUAGUACAGAUCCGGCGAAGGAAUUACAAUGGUUUAUAUACGAAUUACAAAGCGCCGAAUUUAACGAAGAAAAAGUGCACGUUAUAGGGCACAUACCUCCUGGCCAUGCUGAUUGUCUGAAAGUUUGGAGUAGGAAUUAUUAUUCUAUUGUUACGAGAUACGAAUCGACCAUCACUGCUCAGUUCUUCGGUCAUACGCAUUUCGACGAAUUUCAGUUAUUCUACGAUCCAAAAGACCUAGGCCGAGCGGUCGGCGUAUCUUACAUUAGUCCUUCAGUUACCCCUUUCGUUAAUUUGAAUCCCGGUUAUCGAGUUUAUUACGUCGAUGGCGACAGAGAUCAUUCGACCAGAGCUGUGUUGGAUCAUGAAACGUGGGUGAUGAAUUUAAAAGAAGCCAAUCUGUACGGGUAUCCAAUCUGGUACAAGUUGUACUCGGCCAGAGACGCUUAUCAGAUGCCCAAUCUCACACCAACCGAUUGGGAUACUUUGGUGACCAAAUUGGCCGAAAAUGAUCAGUUAUUCGACCAAUAUUAUAAACAUUACUGGAAAAACUCUCCGGUCAAGCCAACCUGUGAUUUAGAAUGUAAAAAACGCAUGAUAUGCGAUUUACGUUCGGGUAGAUCGCACGAUCGUAAGACUUUCUGCCAAGAGAUAGAAAGUAGAAUAGACGCGAAUCAUCCAACCGGCUGGAAAGCGUGGCUUUACAAUGGAUUAGCAUUAUCUAAUUCCACCUCAACAGAUGAAUACAUGAUGAACGACGAAGAGAAUUUUACCGAUUUUACUUUCAUGUCGAGUGACGAGUACGAUGGUACUACUACUGAGUAUCCUGUUACCGAAAAUAUUCCAAAAUCUGAACCCAUUUCGGAAAGAACUCGAGAAAGUAACUCAGCAUGUUUAGGGAUACCGAGUUUUACCCUAGUUUCGUGUAGUACAAUUUUACUCAAAAUGUUUUCGUCGUAUUUGAACUGAAAAAAAAAGUAUGAAAACUUAUUCUAUGGCGAAAAAUAUCCUCAAUUCCUUCUUUCAGUCGAGGAUUUUCUCGUAUUCGAAUAAUUUGUUCCCUUUCUUGCGAGGAUUGUAUGUAAGCUCUCUUUUCUCCUGUGCCUUUUUACUCCCCCGUCCCCUUUUUGUUAGCGAAUCAACCUCGUUACAAGUAUCGCUGUGAUUGUAGAAUAAUUUUUAACUAAACGAAGUUCGCUUCGGCGUAUCGUAUAUUUUAUUUUUGUACAUACUUGACUCUUUUAAUCGCUAAAUUACGUAUUUAUUUUGUUACAAAUCUGAUUUUGUAUCAUUGUUACCAAUUUAGUACCUAUACCUAUUGCUACCUACCGAAUAAACGUAAACAUUAUUUAGCCGA